UUUGUUUCGUUAAAACAAGUUAAGUGAAAAGAUGUUAAAUAUAAAAGAGCAUUCCUUUUAAUUUUAUUAUAUUUGAGAAAUUAAAGAAGAUGGCGUUAAAGAUUUUCCUCCUUGGUGUAUUGUUAUUUACAUCAUAUAGUGACGCUUUGCGUUUGUUGGUGUUCUUCCCUAUGCACGCAAAAAGUCACAGUAUUUUAGGUCAUGGUGUCGUCGACAAUCUCUUAGCGGCAGGACAUGAAGUUGUGCAUAUAACUCAUUUCCCAAAAGAUAUAACUGUACCAAAUUUAUUGGAGAUAAAUGUUUCUAAAGUAGGUGAGAGGAUAAAGAAAUCUCUUUUCAAGCAUGGAGACCUAACAAUAAGAAAAAUUGCGCAAGCGAAAUUAGAUCCUAUUGUCCUAAUGGGAUUUAUGUGUGAAGUGCACAGACAAGUUAUUGAAGAUCCAGGCGUGUUAGAACUUUUUGAAAACCCAAAACAUAAGUUUGACGGAGUCAUUUUAGAGUGGUUCUACUCCAAAUUUGUUGCGGGUAUUGCACCGUUAUUCGGAGCACCGCUGAUUUGGGUCGUUUCAACAGAAGCUCAUUGGCAAGUCCUAGAACUGAUUGAUGGGCCAAGCAACCCAGCUUACAAUGUCGAUCUCUUUUCGACAAACUCUCUUCCUCUUAAUUUGUUCCAAAGGACUGAAGAGCUAUAUACCAUGGUUAAGGUAUAUAUACAAUCCAGUUAUUACAUUAUACCAAAAGAGAAGGAUAUCUAUGAGUCAACAUUAACGUCAAUAGCUCGAAAACGAGGCGUAACGCUGCCUACCUUUGAGGAGGCGGUUUACAACGCAUCAUUGAUGUUAAUUACUUCCCAUCCAUCUAUAGGAACUCCUUAUAAACUGCCCCAAAACGCCAAAUUGGUUGCUGGAUAUCAUAUCAGUACUGAGGUUAAGCCACUGCCAGAGGACCUGAAAAAGUUAAUGGACAACGCAAAAUAUGGAGUGGUAUACUUCAGUAUGGGUUCACAUCUCAAGAGUUCUGAUAUGAGUGAGCAAAUGAAAAAUGGUUUACUAAAAAUGUUUGCAAAAUUAGAUGAAACAGUGAUAUGGAAAGUUGAAGAUGACCUAGAAAGUGUUCCUAAGAAUGUCCACCUUGUAAAAUGGGCACCGCAACAGAGUAUCUUAGCUCAUCCAAACCUCAAAUUCUUCAUUACACACGGUGGCCAGCUAUCAACAACAGAAGCUAUACAUUUUGGUGUCCCAGUCAUAGGAAUUCCUAUCAUGGGUGAUCAAUAUGUAAACAUGAAUUCAGUUAGCAACAAGGGCUUUGGAAUCACUGUAAAGUGGUCUGAAGAUAGCAUCAUUUCUGAUUUAACAGCUGCGAUUCAAGAGAUAAAGACAAAUCCAAUGUACACGACAAAAGCCAAAGAGAUAUCAGAAAUAUACCACAACCGUCAAGUGACCCCAGGCAAAGAUCUGGUCUACUGGGUGGAAUAUGUGAUUGCAACCGGAGGCGCACUCCACUUGAGAUCACCAGGAUUAUCUUUACCCCUUUAUAAAAAGCUUUACUUGGAUUUAUUAGCUCUGAUUAUAAUAGUUGUGUACUUCGUGACGAAGAAACUCCGGCCUAUAAUUUGUAAGCGGUGUCGGCGUCGGCCUGUUAAGAAGGAAAAGACAAAGUAAUAUAUUUGGAAAUUGCCUCUUUAAGGAAUAACUCCAUUUUAUUGCCUUUAUACUAUAGAUGCUGUUGUUUUUUUUUUAAUUUAGUUAUCCCACGUAGGGAGCUAGUUCGCUGUAUAGAGAGUAAUUAUGCUUUAGAUUUUAAGUCAACUGUUAACUGAUCAAGUAUUAGAUUUCGUAGAUGAUUUGCAUCGUUUUUAAAUAUAUAUGUCAGAGCAAUGGCCAAUGGCCAAAUAACGUUAAUACAAGUAGUUUUAUUUGUGCCUGUUUGUGAAUAUAGCAAUAAAUACUUCAGAUAGACAUAAUUUAUUUAUAUUUAACUAAAAGGUGGCAAAAUAUAUUUAUUAACCUUGAAAAUGGCAUUAACAUAUAGCAAGUUCAUCAGACGAUACUUUUUGGUAAUUCAUUAUUAAAUAGUGCAUCACGCACAUUGAAGAAUAAAAAAGGAAUUUAAAUAUGAAUUAAUAACUAGUUAUGAAUGCUUAUUUUUAUACAAUAUGUAAGCUGGCUUUCAAUGGAUUAGGUAUGUGUAUUUUCAUAUGAAUAAAAGUUACUUUUUACGUAAA